AUGUUUGGAGCCAUCAACUUCAACAUUACCCCUCCAAACUGUCAGCCAAGAGCCUGUGACAAUUGUCGAGUGAGAAAGAUCAAGUGCCCGAAUAUCGAACAGGGCGUGUCUCCCCUCUCCUCGAAGCCCUGUGACAAGUGUGUAGAAGCGUCGCUAUGCUGUACAUACAACCAGAUCACCAAGAAGAAGGGCCCUAAGGUCUCGUCCAAGAAACGCAAACUCAUCCUGGACCAGCCUUGGGAAGUCACCGACGACAUUGCCUAUCAACAUUUCGAGAACGAACAAGAGUCGCACUUGUGCUUCAGUAUCAGAGACGACAUGAGCAGUCCUGUCACUGACGAAGAUACUCCGUCUUCUCCUCCUAACGAAGAUGCCAACGCUCUUCAUACUGCUCUCGUCGAGUACUUUCAAAACACAUACACCUGUCUGCCGUUAGUGGAUCUCGCCGACGACAACUACGGCCUCUUGAAUGGCCUGAUAUUGGCCAAUCUCACCCACGAGUUCAAAAAGUCGGCAAAUCAUGCCACUAAAACUGCCCUCCUGUCUCAGAUCAGAAAAGUGCAUCUGCAAAAGGCCUCUCUUGCAUCGGAUACUAUCUCCAUCGACUCAGUAUGCGACUCAAUUUUCUUGCACAUGGCAAUGAGGGCUCUCAAUUACACAAACAGAGCUCUGGCGUAUCUCAGCAAGGCCCACACCUACUACCAUCUUCUGUCGAUUCGAAACUCACGCACCAAAAGACUCAACUGUCUUCUCACCAAUCUCAGAUAUGAAACAAAUGCACAUCAUCUGAGUACAGACCCCCCCAAUUAUACGGUUGCCGAGCUGCUAUCGCGUCCGUACUCGGGAUCCUUGGCUCAUCUUUGCUCUGAAUCGUACAAUCAUCAGGUUAUCUCACUUCUACUAUGGCACACCUCAAUCACCAUCGGACAUAACCAGUAUACGAGUUCAAGUACAGGUACUGGCCAACCUCAAACUAACGACUGCAGAGAUACCCAGAAAUCCAUCCAGCAGUAUCUGCAGCUUGUGCGCAAACCCGGAACGUCAGCCCACCUUCUCAUGAAAAUGGGAGAGUUACUCAACCAUCAACUGAGUCAAUUGUCUUCUUCACAGCUUCAAAUGUGUGGCACUCAUACUCUCAAGAUGAUUGUCGAGAUGCUCAUACAUUAUCCGGAGCUCCAUCAGCUGUCGCAGCUGCUCCAGUUCUACAUUGAUAAAUCUGAGACAUGGUCGUGUGCAAGCUGGUUAGAAUUUCCUAGUUGGGGAGAUGAAUACGGGGUAGCGCAUACGGUAUAA